GCGGUCGGUUCAGCUUUCAAACCAAGUGUAAUAGUUAUUACCAUUUUAUACUCUUAAUUUUUAGCUCCGUGCGGAAUGGACGCCGUGUACCCCGCCGCCGCGUCGGUGCUGGCGCGCGGUCGACGCCGGCGACGAGCCGAGCCUCGUCAGCGUCACCGCACCAUGCCCGUCACCUUCGCCGAAAUCAAGGAGGUAGACGAAGAAAAGGAAACCAACGAAGAGGCGCACGGUGCGAGGGUCGUGAGCGCGGCGACCGUGUAUGAAGAACGUCGACGUCGGCCGGACCUUCUGGAGGAACAUCUUGGCCGGGAGUUCGCAGAGUUUCGACGGAGACGUGCACGUCGUGAUCACUUCCACGAGCCCGACGAACUCGCAAUAUCUACCUCGCCACCAGCUCCUUCUGCGUCAUCCCCGCUAUCGCGAGCCAACAGCGAGCCCAGUCCGAGCACCGAGCCUUCUUGAUUCUUGUAUGGAUUCAGAACGUUGGACUAAGAAGAUAUCGCGAUACAAUUAAUUGUUGAAAUUAUAACACGUAGUCUUGCCAAGCUUAUGCCAUUAAAUGUUUUAAGAGACGUGAACAUAUAGGUUCGGCCA